AUGCUAGCCGUUCAGCGUAGCUCAAGUGCUGGGACUUUGGAACGAAAGCAAGUCGUUUGCAUUAAUGAUGCCCUACCUCGGGAACUUAUUCUAAAGAUUUUCUCAUAUCUCGAUAUCGAAACACUCUGUACAUGCGCUCAGGUCUGCAAAUUUUGGUAUAAGUGUGCCUUUGAUGGCAGUAACUGGAAGAGGACGAACCUGUUCAAUUUUCAAAGGGAUGUUCAGCCCGAAGUUGUUGAAAAGAUCGCGCAACGCUGCCAAGGAUUCUUACGAGAACUUAUUCUUCGGGGCUGUCGCAACAUCAACGAUGACGCAAUAAGGCUAGUUUUAUCUCCAGUAACCGAGUCGAUUGGCGUCAUCGUCUAUUAUUUUCUCAUACGAAACACUUCUUUUAGGCGAUUUACAAGUCUGUGUCGUCUUAUCAAGAUUCUUGAUUUGUCGGAAUGCCAACAUCUGACUGAUGAAACAUGCAAAUAUCUUGGACAGAAUUGUCCUGAACUUCAGCAACUCUCUCUUGCUUCGUGUCCACAUAUCGGUGAUGAUGGAUUAAAGAAGCUAAGUGCCUGCGACCGGCUGACUCACCUGGACGUUUCAUGGUGUGCUGUAGGAGACGAGGGUCUGGCUGCCAUUGCACAGGGCUGUCCCGGUCUCAAAGAACUUAAAAUCAUGGGCUGCCACGACGUCACCAGCCGAGGCGUUGGCCAUAUCGCAAGUCGCUCCUGCGGUCUGCUUCUGCUCAGCCUCAGCCACUGCGGCCAAAAUAUAACCGAUGAGGCAAUGGUUCACCUGGCCAUGGGCUGCCACUUUUUGCGAGCCCUGUCGAUAUCGCUAUGUCAGAUCACCGACGCAGGUUUGCAGGCGCUUGCAGGCACUCUGCCACCUUCGACGGCGGCAGAGAUGCUGGGUAUCAACCUGUCAGCUCUGCCGGCACCGCUAUCUACGUCCACGCACGCUGGCAAUGGUCGAGUGACGCGCGUCCCACGCCAUCGUCCCGUCAGCGAGACCAGUGGCGGUGGUGGAAUUGGAGGCUUCUUCGCCAACGGUGGGGCCGCCCACCGCCACUCCUCUGUCUCCACCUCCCCCCUCACUGCUCCCAACUCUCCCGCCGGCUGGGACGCACCCGUUCCCCAGCCUAAACCCCUUGUCAUUGCCGGCUGCAAGGAAUUAAGAGUGCUUGAGGCCAGUCAAUGCAUCCAAAUAACUGAUGCUGGUCUUGCUGCUCUCGCUCGAAAUUGUGUCAAUCUCGAGAAACUGGACCUGGAGUACUGCUCGCAAGUGACGGAUGCAACACUGGUUCAGCUGGCCACCUACUGCCCACGGAUAAACACACUAGUUCUGUCGCAUUGUGAUCAAAUCACCGACGAGGGUAUUACACGACUCGUAGGAGGACUGUGCGGACCGCAGCAGCUGCAGCGACUGGCGAUGGACAACUGUCCCCUUCUGACGGACUCUUCCCUCGAGAUGCUUGGCUCGGUGUGUCAGAACCUUUGCCAAGUCGAUCUCUACGAUUGUCAACUCAUCACACGUCAGGGCAUUGAAAAUCUCAAGCAACAGAAUCCGCGUCUCAAAAUUCAGGCUUUUUUUGCUCCGGGAACGCCGCCGGAGUCAGCUCUCGGUCACCGACGGCGCUACUGCCGGUGCUGUGCCAUUCUUUAA